UUGUGGCCACCAACACCGAGGACGACAUGACCGUACAAGCAAGCCAAGUACUGCAUGAUUCGAGCUCUGUGAGUCUGGAUGGAGAUGGAGGCUCCGAGGAGUAGUGAAGCUAGAUGGUCAAGGGUGGCUUCAUCGCUCCCUGUCAGGAAUGUACAAGAUCUCGCAGCAUGUUCUGAGGGGUUGACGGAAGAGAAGCUUAAAAGGUACAUCCGGCUGGACAUUCAAGAUGAUGAUGAUGUCGUCGCCGAGCAAUCCGGUGAGGUUCCGAUGAUCGACCUUGGUAAACUCUUCAAUCCUGAUUUUGCAGAAGAUGAGUCUGCUCGCCUCAGAUCUGCUUGUGAGGAUUGGGGAUUUUUUCAGCUUGUAAAUCACGGAGUACCAGACGAUAUUAUUGCAAGUAUAAGAGGUGAUAUUGAGAAGUUCUUCCAACUUCCCCUUGAGGUAAAGAGUACCUAUGCACAGCUUCCAGGAGACCUUCAAGGUUAUGGCCAAUCGUUUGUUGUGUCGGAGAGGCAAACACUUGACUGGUCUGACAUGUUUGUCAUCAUAGCCCAUCCAUCUCAGGCCCAGGAUAUGAGGUAUUGGCCUGUUCAACCGCAUACUUUCAGGAAAUCUAUUGAAGAUUACUCAUCCGAGUUGAUGAAAACUGCACAUUCCAUUGUUACCGCCAUUGCAAAAACACUAAAUAUCGAUCUCGAACUGAUGGUUGACAAAUAUGUGUGUCAAUAUUUGAGAAUGAAUUACUACCCUCCAUGCAUGACCAUGGCCAAGAAGGUUUUGGGCUUCUCGCCCCAUUCAGAUGGAUCUUUUCUGACCUUCCUUUUAGAAGUUAAUUCAGUUCAAGGCCUUCAAAUUAAAAGGCACAAUGCAUGGAUUCCUGUGAAACCAAAUCCUAAUGCAUUGUUGGUGAAUGUGGGUGACUUUCUUGAGAUUAUGUCGAACGGGAAAUAUAAGAGUAUCGAGCACAGGGUCACAAUAAACACCAAUCAGGAGCGGUUGACCUUAUCUGCGUUUCACGUUCCAUCACUUGACGGAGUAGUUUCCCCAGUUCCUGGUAUUGCAGAAGAGAGGCCCCUGUACAAGACAGUGGGAGUAGAAGAGUAUUCGAAACUCUACAUGUCAAACAAGUUAGAUGGGAAGAGAGCAUUGGAUCAUGCAAAGUUACUCUGAAACGGCAAGCAGGGCUAGUACAGGCCACAAGGAGUGGACAGAGGGCCCUUGUGAAGGACAGUGAUCUGCGGCAAUUUCAGCACGAGCAUGUUCUGCUUCUGCUAAGCUGCUAUGUCUGUGAUUUGAACUUUUUUUUAAAGACUUCGCACUACUCAUCAUGUAUGUGGGACUCUUAUGUUUGGAUGUCAGGCCUGCAUGUGCAUGACUGUGGUGUGCAUGUGUGAGACUCUUUAUUGUUCUGAUAAGCUCUGAGAUGUCCGAAAUAUGAGGCAUAGUUUUCAAGUCA